AUGUCCAGUUCUAACUCAACAAUCAACAAUAACAACAUAACUUCCUCCUCGACCACUGGAGGCUGUAACACACCCAAACCCACAACAAUAACAACAACAUCAACAUCAUACAAACCCACCUUCCCAAAUAGCGCCGUGCAGCCCGGACGGGAAUCCAGAUUCACCGAGCACUUUGAGUACAGCGAGUGGAAGAAUAUGCCUAGCGUGGUUGAUAACAGCAAGCAUUUCGAGUUGAUGGCGGUGCCGAUUGAGCAUGAGAGGAAGGAAGCUGAGGAGAAGGAGAAGAAGAAGAAGUCUUGGGGUUGGGGUAGUGGUAGUGGUAAGUGA